UAUCGUCAAGAGUCCACCGACACGACAUCAGUAUGGGAAGAGUUAUUUCAAAUGUAGUUACAGUGAUUCUGUUCAGUGCAUGUUUAACUAGUGUACUGGCAGCAAGCUUGGAGGGAAAGGAGUCGCCAGUGAGUGACACUGGAAGUAGACUUGGCAGUUUCUUCCAUGGCUUGUAUCAAAGGCAGAUGACUCCAACUGAAUGCAAUGAAACUGCCGAAUGCAAAUCAUUGUUUAAUAACAUAGAAACAAAGGGGAACUGUUUAGAACAAUGUGAUAUCACCAAACAUUUGCUGCAAAUGAAUAACAACUUUAAUUUAUGCAACAAAGUAAACAAAUGCGGAUGUAAAUGCUGUAUCGAUGCAGAUGAUGGUGAGAAAUUGAAAAAUGAUAGUUAUCCAUGUAUAGCAGAUAACGAUCGUGACUUAUGUGCAUGUAAAUUUGGUGGCAUGUGUAAAUCCGAGUGUGAAGAUGGAGAACAUAAUGUCACGAAUAAACAAUUCAGUCUGUGUUCUUUGAAUUGUGUUUGUUGUGUAAAAACAAAAAACCAUACUAAGUAUCCAGAAGGGACAUCAGAGGGAGAUCCUCAUUUAACAACGUUUGACGGCUUGAACUAUACUCAUACCGGUCAGAACUGCACAUAUGUACUAUUCAAAGAAUGUAAGCCAUACCCGUCAUUCUUGGUAGCUACAAAAUAUACAGGAUUUAUAGAUAGGAGAGAGAGAAUCCACAGCCAGGUGUCAGAUGUACUAAUUAAAGUGAAACACACCUUGAUCCAACUUGGUCAAGGGGCUAAAAUAUACGUUAAUGGCAAGCCGAUCACAGUACUACCUUGGACUGAUGGGGAGACAAUUACAAUCAGGAACAGAGAUAGCAGACACGUGAACGUAGACGUUAAAAACAAAUUCACUGUUUCCUGGACUGGUUUCGGCAACAUAGCCUCAAAACUCGACUCGUCAUUGGAUGGAACUGUAUGUGGAUUGCUAGGAAAUGCUGACGGAGAUCCUAAGAAUGACUUGCAGAUGGAAGAUGGUACAUUGAUGGGAAUAGAUGAUGCUGAAAAGUUUGGAGACAGUUGGAUGAUCCCUGGAAGCUGCAAGACGGAGGUUACAAAGGAUGAAAUAAAGUUUAUUCAGCAGUAAAAAAGAGUGAACUGUCCACCACUUAAUAAGCUAGCCUGAUCUGACAUCGACCCUGAUUUAAACAAUAAUAUGUGUAGUAAUACUUUUAGCUAGCUGACUGGCAAAUGUAUGUAAAAGGCGUGUUUUGGAAUACUGUGCUGCAUUGGAACUAGAAUAGUUGACACCUUUUUUAGUGCGGGUUGUAUUUCUAUACUUUGUUCCCGAUGGUUCCAGCUAUAUAAUGUCUAUAUAAUAUAUACCAAUUAUUAAAUGCCGUUGAUGGUGAUUAGCAC